GUAUUUUUACUCAGUAGAUGCUGCCAUGGAUGCUGCUAUCGCCUUUCAGAUAAAUAUUCAUUAUUUUCAGUUAAGUACUUUUGUUUUUUACUCUGUUGCUCAAUUAUAGUCAUUACUCAUUUCUCAAUAACCAUUAGCGCGAUAUAAGAUAUAGGUAUCUGAAUCGUGAUCAUUAAACACUCAAUAUUGUAUAUGUAUAGUCGGUUACAGUGACAGUGAGAUUUAGUUAGUCAGUUGUCAGUACUUUCAUUUCAUAUAUUGUCCCGUGGUACUUCUAUUACAGAUUAGGUUUUAGAUUACUUGAAUACUUGAUGCAUUUGGCAGCAGCUGCAGCACUUACUAUUUACUAAAAUAGUUAAUACUUACUACUACAGUGAAACUGCAGACAGCAGUUGCAAUCGGAUUGUUAAAAAUAGUGAAUUACGUUAACGGUACUACUCAACUGUUAGGCACUGUGUAACCACUAUGGAUUCUACGAUUUCUGUGUCCAAGGGAUGUUUUGUGUUUAAAAAACCAAACAAGGAAAAGAACAAAAGAAAAAGCAAAAGCAAGAAACAAUUGACAACCAAUAAAUCAGAAGAUGAGUUAUGGCAUACUACGUACACUGAUAUUUGGAAUGAUGUUAAAUCUAAAAUUGAUGAUUUAAAUGGAUCAAUAUACUCCAAGUUUAUUUCAGACACUGUUGAUUUCCUGACAACAUCAAACAUCACUACAAAUCAAUAUAUUCCAACAGCAUGUUUACUUACAGGGGUGAAUUUACCAGAUCAUGAAUCACUAUUUGGAUUAUUAGCAACCGAUUUAGAAAAAUCUCAGCCACCUGUUAUUGUUGCAACUCUAUUUUCUGAGCACUUUUCAAGUGUCAAAAAUGCAGUUAUAAGUAUGGUGUCACAACUGUUAAACACAAAUAAUGAUGAUUCCGAUUCUGAUGAAGAAAUCGAUAAAAGUUUAAAUUCAGUUGUUAAACCAUCUGAAUGUACUAUAUCUACUUUAAUUGAAUGGUUUAGUCAUCAACCAACUGGAACUCGUAUAGCAAUUCUAGUAAAAGAUUAUGAAAUGUGUCAACAAACAGUCUUACAAAAUUUCAUCCUACUUUUAAGUUGCUAUAUAAAAGAAAUUCCAAUUGUAUUGGCUAUUGGUAUUGCAACUUCUAUAUCAAACUUACACAAUUCUUUACCUCAUCACGUGGUCACUAAACUUAAAGUGAAAAUGUUUGUUAGUGAAGCAUCUGUAGUAUUUUUAAAUAACAUCAUGGAUCAGGUAUUUUUAAAGCCAGACUGUUCAUUCUACUUGGGUGGGCGGAUCUUGGAAUAUGUGACUGAAGUAUUUUUAUAUUAUAAUUUUUCUAUUAAACAGUUUAUAGAAAGUCUCAAGUUUUGCCUCAUAGAACAUUUUUAUCUAAAGCCUCUUAAUUGCAUUUGUGUGGCUCAUGAAUCAGCACAAGAAGCUUUAUUUGAUUCUUUAGAUAAAAAAACACUAGAAGAAAUUACUAAACUGCGUUCAACUAAUUAUAAAUUAAAAAUCGACAACAAUUUUAAAGAAACAUUUUUUCAAUUAAUUAGAGCAUUGAAAGCUUGUAUUGAAGAUUUUCAUAUUGGACUAAGGGUUUUACACAUUUUAGUGGCGGACUUACCACAUUCGCCAUUAGGAACUCAACUCAGAGAAAUGUAUUGCACUGGAAUGAAGAAACACAUAAUUGACAAUGCAUCAUACAAAAUUUGUUUACAAUUAUUAAAAUUUUUGUCUAAAGAUGAUUUACUUGCAAAAUUUGACCAGAUAAUUCAUAUUUUAAAGAAUAUAAAUAAUAAUAAACGGGCAAAAACUGCUUUAAAAUUAAUUCAAAGCUAUGUAAAACGUUUAGAAGAGUCCCAUUUAAUUAAUUUAGUUAUUGUAGAAGAUAAACCUCAAGAAAAACCUAAAGACAAUUUACAAGCUAUAUCAAGAUCACAAUUUAAAAGAAAACUUAUAGACAAUGUAAAAUAUGAAGAUACCCGGCCAAUGACUGAGUUUGAAAAAGCACGUUCAGAGACUUUAGAUCAUUUAACGGAAGUAAUAUUAAAGCAAUUUCUUGUACCUCCAACAACCAUGCCCUUAAAUGAAUUGUUAAUAUUUGAUGAUUUACCGUCUAUUAGACGCAAAAUUGUUGGAGAAGAUAGAGCUGCUCAAUAUACAGCAUUUGUCAAUCCUCAACAUUAUAUAGAUUGUGAUUGCUGUGAAUUGGAAUUUACAGAACAAAUAUUAAAAACCAUGCCAGAUAUAUCUAUUGUAUACAAAUUACAUUUAGAGUCAAGGUUUGACCAGAUUAAUAUAUAUGAUUGGUUACAGAAAUUUAUUUCAAUUGUUGGUCCUGAUCAAAACGACGACGACAAUAAUGACGAUAUAGAUCCAGUAUUACAAUCUCGAUUUGUGCGAGCUGUUAAUGAAUUGCAGCAUUUGGGGUACAUACGACCGUCUAAGUACAAAGCAGAUCAUGUGCAGCGCCUUACGUGUGGUUCUUGCUAAUGUUUAAUGAUUGAGAGGACACUACGCCCGAAUGUGUUGUCUCCAAAUUACAAAUGUAAUACAUAGUAAAAACGAUUUUCGUGGGUAAGAACCACUUGGGCUGUAGUCCAAGCUAAGUAACUGAGUGUUCACACUUAAAAGAAGAACGCAUAUUUUACUGUACAACGUUGUUUUUAUUUUUUUGUUAUUAUAAUUUAAAAAAAAGUUAUUCAAGUUUGAAACGCAAUAGCCUAUAAUAAUAUACUUUCAAACAACAAGAACUUGUUUCGUAUUUGUGAUAUCGAAAAACUAAAAACAACGUUGUCCAGUCAGUGUUCUUUUCUUUCUAGUGUGGACAUUUAGUUAUCUAACUUGGACUACAGCCUGAGUGGUUCUUUCCCGCAUGAACUAGUGUUUGCUAUGUUGUACAUUUGUAAGACCACGACAACCCACGCGAGUGUAGCGUUCUCUUAUAAUACCUAUUAUUUAUUAAUCACUGGUUUUUAAUACCUACUUCUUUUUUCUUACUUUGUAUCCGAAAAAAAAUUAUUUGUAUGUAAUAUUAUUAUUUU